AUUUAUAUACCUGCUUAUUCCUCUCCAUGGCUUCACAAAAAUAUAUCCUCUCUCUCAUCUUCUACAAUGGAAAACCGACUUAAGCUACGAAUCUCUCGCAUGUUUCGCUCGUCUUUCGGCUCAUGCCGCUCACGAAACUUAUCAGACAUUAUCCAGAAACCAGUCUUCGUCCCUCAAAGCCAAAACUACGCCAUGGCCGAUACGGAACUACCCUACUCCUCACCAAAGCCUCGACCUUUCCCCUCCAUGUGCAGACCCAGAUGUCCCCAAACAGAGCCACCCGUUGACCAUGAUUGUAUCAUCAUGCCACCAACCCGAUACUCCCUCCCCCGACGAAAGAUAUCGGAGAAGCGCUCUCCUUUCUUCGUCUCCGCCGACAUACGUGGUCGCAUGUGUCCACCUGCCUCCCCCAUAACGCCGUAUAAUCCUUACUACCAAAGUAAAGACAAUAACUUCGGAUUCUACGAUGAAAAGCGUAAUCAUUCAGGCAGGAAUAUUAACAAAAAGAGAGUUAAGAAGAUCAAGAACAGGCCAGAGAGGUGCACUUUGUUCACUUUUUCAUCUCUCGAGAGCAAUAACAAUUCUAACAAUGGUGGUGGGUGGUGGUCUAUUAGCAGCGAGGAAGACGAGACAGACACGCUCUUCUCUUCCAAGAGUCUCUCCUCAGACUCUUCUGGGUCACGUCGACGGCGGCUCCAUCGCUGGAAAAAUAGCCGUAGAAGAAGAGCGACGGGCCCCGGCUCCGGGAGCAAGAGCAACAAAGAAAUGGGUGUGUUGCCGUUGAUAGAAGGUGGGAAGGUGAAAGACAGUUUUGCGGUGGUGAAGAGAUCUAGCGAUCCGUACAAUGAUUUCAGGUCGUCGAUGGUGGAGAUGAUUGUGGAGAAGAAGAUAUUUGGGGUAAAGGAGCUUGAACAUCUGUUGCAGUGUUUUCUGUCCCUGAACUCGCAUCACCAUCACAGGAUAAUCGUCCAUGUGUUCAUGGAGAUUUAUGAAGCUUUGUUCUCUGAUUGGUCAUGAUCUUCAUCAGGAAGAAGAAUAUGAAUGAAUUAAACAUGCUUUGUUUAAUUUUUUCAUAUAUCACUUGUUUAGUAAAUUGUGUUUUAAGAUAAUUAGUUUUAGGGGUAGAUUCAGCACUGAUUAAUCUAACGCGUGAUUAAUUAA